AUGUCAACCACACGCCUGACGGCAGACGAUUUCAUACAAGACCAAGAUCGACAGCAGUUCGAGCUGUUAGCGGCAAAGUGUGCUAUUCCGUGGACUUCUUCCGUCUCCAAGUAUAAAGCUGUCACCACCACCAGAGCAGUGCAUACUGCCACACCACCGAAUGCAGAUGCCUUCACGGAUGUGCAAGAUCUGAUCGGCUGGCACGCAGCGACAGAGCGGGCCUCGGAUGAACACGUCUGUGUCAUUGAGAACAUGAGCCUGGAAUGGAUCUUAGCACUGGGGAAAGCGUGGGUUGUACACUUUGCUCACUUCAUAUAUCACCUGCGCAACCAUGGCAACUAUCCAGCUUGGGCCAGUGCGCUCGAACGAGCAGAGGCAGCUGAGGACCAGACAUUGCAGCCUCGGUCUUGUACCAUGCGUGGCCACUUUGUCUCCGAGAGAAAGCUAGAAAAUACCAAUCAUGUUCAUCGCUUUGGCACUCGCCAUGCAGAAAGAGGUACCCCAGGAAUGAUGCCUAGAGUACGGUCCUGCAUUACUUUACUUGCAAUAGAGGGUUUUUUGCUCAUACUCGUCGACGCUCCCCCUAACAUCACAGAGUGCGCAGAUGUCAACCAACGCAUUGCGGCUUCCGGAUUCGAGCGCACUGCGUACUGGAACAAUUGGGAAGCGUGGGCACCGCUCAAAGCAGAAAUUCAACGCCAAGAAGACAUUCUGGUGCAGACUUUCCAGAUCUUGCACAGUACCGUCGCCAUCAGCGAGAGCCAGGCUAGUGUCAAGCUUGCUGAGUAUAUGGCGGAUGAGACACGACGGAGCGCGGAACAAGCUCGCCGUGGCCAGCUUCUCACAUAUUUGGCCUUCAUCUAUGCUCCGCUGUCCUUCGUGACCAGCAUUUAUGGCAUGAAUGUCAAGGAGAUCAAUGAUUCGCCGCUUUCGGUCUGGGUGUGCUUCGUUGCUUUGGCAGCUGUGUUCGCUGUGACGCUGCUGAUAUGGUUGGUGUAUAAGGUGUGGGGGAAGUGGCGGUCAAGUCCAAGAGCAGAGCGACAUGGCGAUGAAGAUGUCGAGAAGAUGGCGUGA